AGCCUGGAUUGGAAGCUUAAUGUAUUAUCCCGUAGUUGCAAGUCAUUUUGUGGGUAUUAGUAUUUCUGGUGUUUCAUCGAGUUGUUGUUGCUGAAGUAAUAGCAAAAAUAAAAAGAAGACAUUUAUUCAUGGUACUGGAUGGGGUAUGAAUGUGUCUUGAAACCAAAGAUCCUUGUUACUGGGACAGAUUUCUCAGCUGGGUGGGUAGGUGUUUCAUGUUCAGGUAGUGACAUAGGAGGUGAUGAUAUCAUAGCAGGGAACGUGAGCAAGUACACUGUUCUCCCAGCUGGUUAUUGUGGACAGCCUAAAAAAGGACAUCUUAUAUUUGAUGCCUGUUUUGAAAGUGGUAAUCUUGGACGGGUGGACCACAUCACAGAGUUUGAGUAUGACCUGUUCAUUAGACCAGAUACCUGUAACCCACGCUUUCGAGUUUGGUUCAACUUCACUGUUGAAAAUGUAAAAGAAUCACAGAGGGUAAUUUUCAAUGUUGUUAACUUCAGCAAAACAAAAAGCCUUUACAGAGAUGGGAUGGCUCCAAUGGUGAAAUCCACAAGCAGACCAAAAUGGCAAAGAAUACCCUCUAAAAAUGUGUAUUACUAUCACUGCCCAGACCACAGGAAGAACUAUGUCAUGUCAUUUGCAUUUUGCUUUGACCGUGAGGAUGACACUUAUCAGUUUGCUUACUGCUACCCCUACACCUAUACUCGCCUUCAGCACUAUCUUGACAACCUACAAAGGAGGAACAUGGACUACUUUUGCAGAGAACUGCUAGGACUCAGUGUGCAGAGACGGCAGCUUGACCUCCUGACAAUAACCAGCCCUGCGAACCUGCGUCCAGGUGCAGAACAGAAAGUGGUGUUCAUCACUGCGCGUGUCCACCCUGGGGAAACACCAUCUUCCUUCGUGUGCCAAGGUAUAAUUGAUUUCCUUGUGAGCCAGCAUCCUAUUGCAAAAGUACUGAGAGACCACCUGGUAUUCAAGAUUGCACCUAUGCUCAAUCCUGAUGGAGUAUACCUAGGAAAUUACAGGUGCUCCCUUAUGGGGUUCGAUUUAAACCGGCACUGGGCAAAUCCAUCUCCAUGGGCUCAUCCCACCCUGCACGGAGUGAAACAGCUUAUCAUCGAGAUGUACAACAACCCGAAGAUUAACCUGGAGUUCUAUAUUGACAUCCAUGCCCACUCCACCAUGAUGAAUGGCUUCAUGUAUGGGAACAUCUUUGAAGACGAGGAAAGAUUUCAGCGACAGGCUGUUUUACCCAAGCUACUCUGUCAAAAUGCUGAAGAUUUCUCUUAUUCCAGUACAUCCUUCAACCGAGAUGCUGUGAAAGCAGGGACAGGCAGGCGUUUUCUUGGUGGGCUGUUAAAUGAUACGUCCUACUGCUACACACUGGAAGUCUCAUUCUACAGCUACAUCGUGGCUGGAACUACAACUGCUGUCCCCUACACAGAAGAAGCAUAUAUGAAGCUUGGAAGGAAUGUGGCCAGGACGUUCUUGGACUACUACAGACUGAACUCCUUGGUGGAAAGACCGCUAGCACCUACUCCUAAAACUCGGAAAGAAAAGGAGCCGCUUUUUAAAGGCACUACCCCGCAGGGUCAAGGGACCAGCCACGUCAGCAGCAAGCUGGAGAAGAGGAGCCAGACACAUCCAAAGGACCAGUCUCUCCCCACGCAAUGAGAGGGGAGAAGAAGAAAGAGAGAAGAGGGCUGGUCUGUGGGGUGAGGAGGAGGAGUGAGGCUGGGGCUGGAACUGCUGAUGUUUCUCUUUUUUUUUUUUUUCCCAGAUAAGUAUUUCUAAGAUAACAAAUAGUCCAAGGGGGAAAGAGGGAGAGGGAAAUUAGCUAGAAAUUUUACCAUUGAUUCUUUUUUAUUUAUAGAUGGUAAAUCAAUUUCAGACUUUUUUUUUCCCCCUCAUCUCUGGGAAAAUAAAGAGUGACCCGAUAGAUUUAGAGAAAUCAUUUGCAGUGGCUGAAAAGCUAUUUGUUACAAUGAGAAAGCCUCCCCUUCCUCCACCAGCCUCUCCUGCUCUCUUUAAAGGGGUAAUCCAUACGAUGAGCAAAUGAGGGAGUCCUGGCUCCCCUGCUGCCCCGUGUGAUGUCUCCUGUUUUAGUGUCAGGCUCAGAAGCUUUUAUGCCAAUUGCAUGCAGUAGCCCAGUUAGCUUGCAUUAAGAGAGCCUGAUAAAUAGCUUCUGGGAGUCAGGCAGGCGCUCCUCGAUGUGCCGUUUAUCAUCCGCUGCAUGGCUAGGUUUUUUGCUCUUCUAUCAGAUCAUCUGAGGGAAGUGGUCAUAUGAGAAAUGUUCCUGAUGUCACCUGUCAGGCUGCAGGCUUGAAACUCACUGCAAGACCUGUCUAACAGGCAGAAGCCAUGGUCCUCCAGCAAUAACUGGUCGGGGUCUAGAAGGACUGGACUUCCCAAAAGAUUUAUGACUGAGACGGUGUCAGCUAGGGGUAGUGCUGAAAGGGAUGAACCAAUGAUGUUGUGCUGCUGUUGUAAAUCUCACGUGGAACGUCACAAUCAUCCCAUUGCAUGGACAGCAAGUGCUAUGUCUGCUUGAAGCCACUGUCAUCAAGCAGCCUUGUCUCCUGUCUUGUGUGACUUACUGGAAACAUUUGUCAAAGAUGUGGAUUUGAAGUGCAGUGCAGUUUCUCAGACUGGAGAGUAAAAGCGUGUGACUGGGAGGGGGUUGGAAGUACCUCUCGGGAUGAAAAGGGACAGUGUACUUAGAAGUACUGGUUUGGAGAAGAGAAGAUAGUGAGACCCAGUGGCUAGGAAGGGAAAGGAUGAGCCAGGCUGGGGUUGAAGAGGGAUGUGUGAAAGACUGAAUGAGCUCCCCUUCGUGUGGGGUGCUUUGGGGUGCUUUUGUGUGGGGUGGCCUUGAAAAAGUAGCAGUCCCAGACAUUCCUUUCUCUAGUGAAAGACCAAGGUUGGUUACUUCUCUUUCCCAGGACUUGAGCUUUAUGAUCGAGGAGCAGGGACAGACUCAGCCAGGCCCUCGUCUUACAGGUAUUACAAAGAGCUACCUGAGAGCAGCCUGGGUUGCAUACAUGCAGCCAGGAAGCCAGUAGGCCCUCAGAUGUGCUCAUCUGUCUUUGAAUCCUGUGUCUGUACCAUUGUCACGAUGGAUGAGGAAGGGCAAGCUACUCAGGAUCUGACAAAACUUGAGCUGAUUGAGUCUGUGCAUUUGCCAGCUGUUUGCUGGGCUUUUGUUAGUUAAGUUUCUCUCUGAUAAGGGGAAUUUGGCUGAAAACAAGCAAGAGGAUAUCUCACCGAAAGGAGAAUGAUUUUAAACACCAAACAAACCUGAUAUUGUCAGUCUUUCAAGGUGAGGGGGUUAAACUGUGAUCAUUUUAGGUAGAAUAAAAUGCCCUCUUGUGAUGAAUUCCAAGGCAUCCAAAAGGCACUGUGCUGGCUUUCUGUCUCCAAGAGGAGAGUAAUGAAUAGCAGUGACAGUACGAUAAUUAAAAUGACCUCUUGGAGAUAUGGAUUAGAAGGUAUGCAGAGGGGGGAUAAGUUCUCCUUUGAAUUAAUCUAGUGUUAAUUUAUGACUAUCGUUGGGUUUUAUAGGUUUUGAAGGGAAGACUUUCAAAGUUGGUUUACUGGGGGAGAAAUGUUCCUUUUGUGCAUUCAUUGGGAAAACAUUUGUAGAAUUCUUUAUUAUUUAUUUUUGAAUGGUUCUAUAUAUACAUAUGCAUAUAUAUAAUGAGAAUUGCAGGUAUUUGCUUAGCAACUAAAGGAUUUACUCUAGAAUUAUGAAUAAAGUAAUAAAAGCAGCUGUGGAA